AUGGUCGUUUCUCCUGGGGCUUCCCAUGGCGGGGCACUGUGCUGCAGCCCCAUCGGUCGCCGUGGCAUCGUCACUGCCUCGCUCCUCUGCUGGUCCCCAGCCAUGCACCUGUUUGGCCUAAACUGGCACCUGCAGCCGAUGGACGGGCAGAUGUAUGAGAUCACGGAAGAUACGGCCAGCAGUUGGCCAGUGCCCACGGACAUCUCCUUGUAUUCCUCAGGGGGCACGGGGUUAGAAUUACCUGACAGGAAAGGCAAAGGAGCCAGCGAAGGACAGCCCAGUAGUCUCUUUCCAGAAGACAGCUUUAUAGACACCGGAGAAAUCGAUGUCGGCAGGAGAGCCGCUCAGAAAAUCCCUCCCGGUAUGUUCUGGCGAUCUCAGGUGUUCAUCGAUCACCCGGUUCAUCUGAAGUUCAACGUUUCGUUAGGGAAGUCUGCGUUGGUCGGGAUCUAUGGCAGGAAAGGCCUUCCACCUUCACACACCCAGUUUGACUUUGUGGAACUGCUCGACGGGAGGCGACUACUCACUCAGGAGGCAAGGAGCCUGGAAGGGCCUCAGCGCCAACAAAAGGGCUUUGUGCCAUUGGCCAGCCACGAGACGGGAUUCAUCCAGUAUUUGGACUCAGGAAUGUGGCACCUCGCCUUCUACAAUGAUGGGAAAGAAGCCGAGGUGGUUUUGUUUCUCACCACUGCCAUCGAAUCGGUGGAUAACUGUCCCAGCAACUGCUACGGGAACGGAGACUGUGUUUCGGGCACCUGCCAUUGUUUUCUUGGCUUCCUGGGUCCCGACUGUGGCCGGGCAUCUUGCCCAGUAUUAUGCAGUGGAAACGGGCAGUACAUGAAGGGCCGGUGCUUGUGCCACAGCGGGUGGAAGGGAGCUGAGUGCGACGUCCCGACCAACCAGUGCAUCGACGUCUCGUGCAACAACCACGGCACCUGCAUCAUGGGGACCUGCAUCUGCAAUCCAGGCUACAAGGGAGAGAGCUGCGAAGAAGUGGAUUGCAUGGACCCCACUUGCUCAGGACGUGGCGUUUGUGUCAGAGGAGAGUGCCAUUGUUCUGUCGGCUGGGGAGGAACCAACUGUGAAACGCCGAGAGCUACUUGUCUGGACCAGUGUUCGGGCCACGGCACCUUUCUCCCUGAAACCGGCCUGUGCAGUUGUGAUCCAAGCUGGACCGGACACGACUGUUCAAUUGAGAUUUGUGCUGCGGACUGUGGCGGACAUGGCGUCUGUGUCGGAGGCACCUGCCGCUGCGAGGAGGGGUGGAUGGGAGCGGCCUGUGAUCAGCGAGCGUGUCACCCGCGCUGCAACGAGCACGGGACUUGCCGGGACGGCAAGUGUGAAUGCAGCCCGGGCUGGAACGGAGAGCACUGCACCAUCGAGGGAUGCCCUGGCUUGUGUAACGGCAACGGCAGGUGCACACUGGACGUGAACGGGUGGCAUUGCGUCUGCCAGCUGGGCUGGAGAGGCAUGGGCUGUGACACUUCCAUGGAGACGGCGUGCGGCGAUGCGAAAGACAAUGAUGGAGGGUGCCGUUCCAUUGACAUGAAUGCCGAACUGAACACCAUUGUGGUCACUGUUCCCAACUGGUGCAACAACCUCCACAUAUCUGACGAGGUCUUGAACCCCUUGAACCAAGUCCAAAAUCAGUACCCCUCUGAUGGCUUGGUGGAUUGCAUGGAUCCAGACUGUUGCCUGCAGCCCCUGUGCCAGACCAAUUCCCUCUGCCAGGGCUCCCCAGACCCCCUGGAUAUCAUCCAAGAGACUCAGCCCCCGGUCUCCCUGCAGAACCUCUACUCGUUCUACGAACGCAUCAAGUUCCUCGUGGGCAAGGACAGCACGCACGUCAUUCCCGGAGAGAACCCUUUCAGUGAAGG